CCGGAGUGUUAUACAGAGUGCAGUGGAAAGGAGAAAACGGCAGAAUCGCGAUCGCCAGAGGGCUUGGCCUAGGUGACAGGAAGAGAGCUAGUGGUCCAAAACAAGCGACGACCGUUACCGACACUCCUUGGCGGGGUCAAUGGUAUGCUGAUUGCCACCAGCCAGGGUGAUAUUGCGGCAAGAAGAACACCUUCUUCAAGCACCGAUCACCAAAUUGUCCCCACACCUCGAACUCUUAAGCACUUUGUAAAAGACCCGAAGCCAAAGAUAGGCAGACUUAUAUCAUCGAUGUUACCAUAUACGACAAACGCCACUUGCGACCAAUCCACACCUACAAUUAUUUUCCCACUCGCACCAGACCAUUGUCUGAUCACUCUAGUCCAGUUCAAUGUUGUGCGCGCUAUGAUAUUCAACAUGUCGAUAUUAUCGCUCCUAUAUUGCCUCCCUACUCCAUGCACUCGUGCCUUCGGUGUUCCCAAUCUGGAGACCAUCCCACCAGAAGAGAUACCCCCAGAUCUACAACCAACUCCUUUACAAAAAUUUACACCUCACCCAUUUUGGAUUAGUGCAAUUCCUGUUCCAGCAAUGAGAGAUAAUCUGAUCCUCAUGGCCGGGCAAUAUGAUAGUAAUGAUCUCUGCUACGACCUUGGUCAGUCUUUGUAUGAGGGUUUCGAUGAUGUAGAGCGACGCGGAUGUCUAGUGUGGGGAGAGCCUUGGUGUGUAUCCGGAUGGGAAAUAACGGAGGGCUUUGUGAGGAAGUGGGGCUUUUUGCUCAAUGGAUGUGAGAACGUGAUCGAGUCAACAAAUCACUGGAGAGAGGUGCGCGGAGAAGACAGGCUAAGUGUGGACAUAUGAGAAGACAGGUGGAGCGGGUACGGUGUUACCAAAGGAGUUC